UUUUCAUCUCUCUCCUUUAACAUGUGCCUUGUGGACCCUUUAAAUAAUAAUAUACCUUAAAAGAUUUUCUUAAUUUCAUCGUUACUAUUGCUAGUUAACUAAAAAAUUAACAAAUAGUCUCUAAAUAAUGGCGCCACCGACAAAAAGUACGAAAACAGCGACGAGAGGAUCGAAGCAAAUAGUAGAAGAAAAUGUUUCCACGUUAAACUUUUACAUGUACAUGAUUGUCGCAGCAUUAGGAAUUUAUUUAACGUCUAUGUUGGUACUUUUUGAAUUUACAACACUGACAAUAACGAUGACAAUAUUCUCUGGACUAUUGUAUGCAGGAUGUUAUCGUUUCAUGUCCUACAUGGCCCAAGCAAAAUACACAGAAACUGGACAAAUUCUAGAUUCUGGAGUAGAUUUAAACAUGGAAGGAGGAAUAGCAGAGCACGUGAAAGACAUAAUCAUCUUAACAUCGCUGGUCCAAGUACUCUCCCUUAUUUCUAAUUACUUCUGGCUGCUGCUGACUUUGGCACCACUUCGAGGAUUUUGGAUGCUUUGGGUGUCUGUCAUAUCUCCAUGGAUUUUUGCAGCUCCUCCGGCUCAGACUGAGAUGGACGAGAAAAAGCAGAGAAAACUUGAAAAGAAAAUGGCUAGGCGUCAUUAAGAAAGUACUUUUUGUGUAAAUAUCAACGAAUUAUCCUGAAUUCAACGACUGCAUAUACAGCGAUCUCUCUAAUAUCUAUAUAUUAGAAAAAAUGAGUGAGAGGCUUCAUGGAUCAAUUUAAAGGAAAGGUAGUUCAUUCACUUUUAUUCCUUUUAUUCGCAGAGAAUCAAUCUGUAUUUUUAAUUGUGAAGGUGUAUGUGUAUAUUUCAUUGUACAAACGUGAAUUUGGGAUUUACACUCUCAUUUUAUUGCAAAGUAUGUUUUUUUUAAAUCAGGGUUGAGUGACGUUUAAAAGAUAAUCUUUAAUAUAAUUAUUGUAUUUAUAAUUGCUUUGGGAUGGGAGAUUAGUGAGAGGAUGUAAUAAUUUAGGAUUUUGCAAAAUAAAAGCUGGGCGAUGUUGGAA